CAGACUGAAGCUGAUUGAACCCUAAUAAAUGCAGCUGGACGCAUCAAGCCAUGCAUUCAGUUCAUCAGAAGCUGUUCUUCGCCAUACACAAUGAAGAUCUUUGUUGCAACGCUUCUUCUUAUUGGAUUUCUGUUCCACCACUGCUCGGCGGUCGUCUACGGGGAGGACGACUACCGUGGCUUCCGCCAGAAGUGCUCAAAAAUCCUCCAAACUCCGAAGGACACCGUCCAGAAAGCCGAACAGAAAAGCUUCCAAACCGACAGCGACGAUAUGCACUGCCUGAUUCGGUGCGUCGGAAUUCUCAGUGGAUUCUACGACGACGAAACGGGCACCAACUGGGACCUGGUGCGACAGCAGCUGGACGGUCAGGAAGGGUUCGAAGAGCACCGCCAGGCAACGACCGCCUGUACCGAGGCCCUUCCCGCGGAGGAACUGGCGUCCGGCGUGUGUCGCAAGUCGUACCUGUUCUUCCGGUGUGCCAUGAAGUCCGCCAAGGAGCACAUCCGGACGAAGAGUUAGAUCGCUUUGAUGCUGGGGUAGAAAACUGUCCUCCGAGCAUUGCGAAUAUCGAUUUCGGUGUGUGUGACCGAGUCCGAGCUUAUGGGGGGAAAAGUUUGCGAAAUGCAAUAAUUAUCAUCAAUAAAUUGAACGUAGGUGCAUAUGCGAAA